CACUCCAUGCAUGCUUGGCAAGUGAGUCAGUGACAGUGCAAACCAUUGGCCAGGGUGCAGUGCAUAUGCAUCAGCUGGGCCUCUUGCUGUUGCUUGGCAUGCCGAAAGGGAGGGGAGGCAUGGAAAAUUUUAAGGCCCCUCCCCUAGUGUGUCUAGCUAGUGUGGGAAGAAAGGCGCCCUAUGGGCGUUGGAGGCAGUGUUUAUAAAUCCCCUCCCCCUGCCACCCCACAGUUUCAGAACCAACACCACAACGGCAACUGCGAGCUCUUCAGUUCCAUCGAUUUCGUGUUUCAGGCUUUCAGCCAGGCACUGGAUUUGGUGACCAGGGGACUAGCCAUUUAGUCGAGCUCGAGCAAGAACAGUGUGAGGAGGAUGAUGAUGGACAGGCAGGUUGUGAGGCAAUGCGACAUGGAGGUCAUGAAGAUGGCCAUGCUCAAGCACGAAGAGACCUUCAGGCAGCAGGUCAACGAGCUGCACCGCCUGUACCGCAUCCAGAGGCAGCUGAUGAGCGACCUGACCAGGGACGUGCCGGUGCUGACCAACCGCCGGCGCAGCAAGCAGCCGCGGCGCGCGCUGGACCUGCAGCUGCCCGCUGACGAGUACAUCGUCAGCGCCGACGAGGACGACGAGGCCGCCGGCGCGGAGCUGGAGCUGACGCUCGCCGUCGGCGGGCGCUCAUCGGCCGGCCGCCGCAAGAACAGCAGCAGCAGGAGGAGGAGGCAGGAGCAGCACGGCAGCCCUGGCGGCGGCGGCGGCGGCUCCUCCCCGUUCGGGUCCGACGACUGCUCCGGCGCGAGCCUCCUGUCGUCGUCGCCGUCCUCGGCCGGGUACUACUCCGACGACGGGCCGGCGGCGGUGUUCCACGCGCCGCCGCCGCCGUGCCAGAGGGCCAUGGCGUUCGACCUCGGCGACGGGAUGAUGAGGCAGCAGGCGCCGUGGCUGAUGCAGUCCCAGCAGUAUCUCAGCCUCCGGAUGACAUGAACAUCUGAAUUCUGAACAUGCAGAAGCAAGCUCACCAUCCGCAUCCAUCACAUUGUACCGGUUUGCGUUGUGUUGUAGAAGAAGCAGUAGCCACUAGAUUUUCUUUUUCUUUGUUUUUUGUGCUUGCAAUGUCUUAGGUGGCCGAUGGAGUCAGGGAAGAAGGGUACUACGGCUGUGCCCUAUCCCCGAUCCAAAAAUGUUAAUUAAAUCAUAACUAAUGGAGUGCAUCAUGAUUGGUUAAUGUUCA